ACGAGGGAGGAGCUGUCAAAGUUCCAGCGCUAAGGAAAGCAAAAGUACGGAUUUUAGACGCCAGCGACAUUAGCAUACCUAGUUUACCCUUUUGACAACUUUAGUGAAAAUAGCUUGGAUCACCACAGAAACUUUGUCGGCACUUUUAUGGAAUGAAAAAUUGUUUCCAGCUGGAUAGAAAGGAUGAAGAUCUUCGGAAAAACCAUGGCAAUGCUAACUGAAUUUGGAAUCCUCUUUACAUGCUUGCUGACCCUGGGUUGCUGUGCUAUGUCGGAAAAGAAAGUGUGUCAAGGAAUCAACAAUCGGCUGUCACUCCUGGGGUCGGCAGAGGAACACUACAAGAACCUUGUGAAAGUCUACAGCAAUUGCACGGUGGUUCUGGAGAACUUGGAGAUCACCUACACUGAGCGCCACCACGACCUGUCCUUCCUCAAGAACAUCCAGGAGGUGGAGGGCUAUGUGCUGAUCGCCCUCAAUAAGGCGGAUACCAUCCCCCUGGAAAAUCUGCGUAUCAUCCGAGGCCACGCCCUCUAUGACAACGAGCACGCCCUGGCCGUUCUGUCCAACUAUGACAACGACAGCCCCGUGAGAAAUGCUUACACCGCUGGGGUGAGAUCGCUACCACUGAAGAGCAUGACAGAAAUCCUUAGAGGAGGUGUGAAAUUUGUAAACAACCAUUUCCUGUGCAAUGUGGAGACAAUACAGUGGUUUGACAUCGUGGAUAAGAGCAGUAAACCAUCUAUGGUUUAUCCCCCAUCCAUUCCAGGAAAACACUGUAAAAAAUGUGACCCAAGUUGUUUCAAUGGAUCCUGUUGGGCUCCAGGCCCAGGAAACUGCCAAACCUUGACCAAACUGAACUGUGCUCAGCAAUGUUCCCGGAGGUGUAAGGGGCCCCAGCCUGUCGACUGCUGCAAUGAGCACUGCGCUGGGGGCUGUACCGGGCCCCGUCCCACCGACUGCCUGGCGUGCCAGGCCUUCCAAGACGAAGGGACCUGUAAGAACGCCUGUCCCAGCCUCAUGGUGUACGACUCCAGAACACACCAGCUGGACUUCAACCCAGAUGGGAAGUACAGCUAUGGGGCCACCUGCGUAAAAAAUUGCCCACAUAACUAUGUGGUGACAGAUCAUGGAGCAUGCGUUCGGACCUGCAGUGCAGACACCUACGAGGUGGACGAGAAAGGGGUCAGGAAGUGCAAGAAGUGUGAGGGGCCUUGCCCAAAAGUUUGCAAUGGAGUAGGAAUGGGAGAACUUACAAACGUCCUGUCGAUCAAUGCCUCAAAUAUCGACUCCUUCAAGAACUGCACCAAAAUCAAUGGGCACGUGUCUAUCUUCAGCACAACGUUUAACGGUGACAAACACACAAAGACUGCUCCAAUGGAUCCUUCCAAGCUGGAUGUUUUCAAAACUGUUAAAGAAAUUUCUGGGUAUCUGCUGAUUCAGGCCUGGCCACGCAGCCUGUCUUCCCUCAGACCCUUUGAGAACCUAGAGAUCAUCCGCGGAAGAACCAAAUGGGGCAGUGUAAGCCUUUCUGUCAACAACAUUCCCAUCAGCCACCUGGCCCUGCGCUCCUUAAAGGAGAUCAGCGAUGGGGAUGUGAUCAUCAGGGGCAACCCCAACCUGUGCUACUCCACCCCGGACCACUGGAAGAAACUUUUUAAGUCCACCCAGCAGAGCGCCCAGGUGGAGAAAAACAUGGAUGUUGAGCUCUGUGCCUUGCAGAACCGCACCUGCGAUGAGAUGUGUACAGAGGACGGCUGCUGGGGUCCAGGCCCCACAAUGUGCUUUUCCUGCUUGCACUUCAUGCGUAAGGGGUGCUGCGUGGGCUCCUGCAAUUUGCUGGAGGGUGACCCACGUGAGUUUGAGGUCAAUAAGACGUGCGUCGAAUGUGACUCUGAAUGCCUUCCCCAGAAUGGAACCAGAACGUGCAGUGGACCAGGUCCUAAUGAGUGUGUGGAGUGUGUGCACUACAAAGAUGGCCCCCACUGUGUCCCCAGGUGCCCUCAGGGCAUCCCCGGGGAGGGAAACACCCUUAUCUGGAAGUAUGCCGACAAGAUGAAGGUGUGCCAGCUUUGUCACGAGAACUGCACCCAAGGAUGUACUGGCCCUGGUUUGCAUGGCUGUGACACUAAAGGGAACUCAUCCAUAAUCGCGGCAGCCGUGGUGGGCGGUCUGCUGGCCUUUGUCAUUCUUGCCCUGGGCAUCCUGGUGCUAAUGCGGAGACGCCACAUCAAGAGGAAGAGGACUCUGCGCAGGCUGCUGCAGGAGAGAGAGUUAGUUCAACCCCUCACCCCAAGCGGGGAGGCGCCCAACCAGGCUCUUCUCCGCAUACUGAAGGAGACAGAGUUCAAGAAGAUUAAAGUCCUGGGAUCCGGUGCCUUCGGGACUGUAUACAAGGGUCUAUGGGUUCCAGAAGGGGAGGAUGUCAAGAUUCCGGUGGCCAUCAAGGUUUUGAGAGAGGCCACAUCUCCUAAAGCCAACAAGGAAAUCUUGGACGAGGCCUAUGUGAUGGCUAGCGUAGAUAACCCGCACGUGUGUCGUCUGCUGGGCAUCUGCCUGACCUCCACAGUCCAGCUCAUUACCCAGCUCAUGCCCCAUGGCUGCCUGCUGGACUACGUCAAGGAGAACAAGGACAACAUCGGCUCCCAGUACCUGCUGAACUGGUGUGUGCAGAUUGCCAAGGGAAUGAACUAUCUUGAAGAGCGCCACCUAGUUCAUCGUGACUUGGCAGCCAGGAAUGUGCUGGUCAAGACCCCCCAGCACGUCAAAAUCACAGAUUUUGGGCUGGCAAAGCUCCUCAAUGCUGAUGAGAAGGAGUACCACGCUGACGGAGGGAAGGUACCAAUCAAAUGGAUGGCCCUGGAGUCAAUACUGCACCGGACGUAUACUCACCAGAGCGACGUGUGGAGCUAUGGCGUGACAGUAUGGGAGCUGAUGACAUUUGGGACAAAGCCGUACGACGGUAUCCCGGCCAGCGAGAUCGCAGGGGUCCUGGAGAAGGGGGAGCGGCUGCCCCAGCCACCGAUUUGCACCAUCGACGUCUACAUGAUCAUGGUCAAAUGUUGGAUGAUUGAAGCAGACAGCAGGCCACGUUUCCGGGAGCUCGUCGCCGAAUUCACCAAGAUGGCCCGAGAUCCACCUCGCUACCUUGUCAUUCAGGGCGAUGACAGGAUGCACCUUCCCAGCCCCACGGACUCCAGGUUCUACCGCACCCUGAUCAGCGAUGAGGACAUGGCGGAUGCAGUUGAUGCAGAUGAGUACCUGGUGCCCUAUCAAGGUUUCUUCAGCAGUCCCAGCACCUCCAGAACUCAGCUUCUUCACUCCAUGAGUCUGAACAGCAGCAUAGGAGCCUGCCACAGCAGGAACGGCAACGGCUUCCCAAUGAGAGAGAACAGCAUCAUUCUCCGUUACAUCCCUGACCCCACAGAGAAAUUUCUAGAAACAGACUUCCAGCCUGCUCCAGAUUAUGUGAACCAGAAUGGUGGCUCUGCACUGGCCCCAAUGGGGUCCCCUUACCAGCGGCCCACAACCGCUCGUGGUGCCCUCCCAGCCAUGGCAUCUGAUGAGACGGAGGCAGAGUACCUCAACUGCUUCAAGCGCUCGAACGACGGGCCUGAGUACCUGAACACACCCCUGAGCACGGUCCCCGAGCUCAACUUCAACGGCCCCCAGCACUGCAGUCAGGGGUUUGGCCUCCAGACCAGCCUGGAUAACCCCGACUACCAGCAGGAAUUCACACCCCCAGUCAAGUCCCGGGCCAACGGGCAUCUCCCAGCCACUGAGAACGUGGAGUACUUGGGCUUGGCUGUGCAGGCUGAGGUCCACUAGGGAUUUUCCUUCCAUUGGGAACCCAGAACAGGAGACACGCUGUGUAUUGGAAGGGCACUCAGAACUCCUUGUACUUGACCCUGGGGGCAGUGGACGGGGAAGUUGCCAUGGCAGUAGCUUAGAUGCCAUCUCGAACCAUUGACUUUUGUAUUCCCAGUUUGUCUUCGUAGAACAUCCCAAGGCAUGUCCCUUACUCUUUGAUUAAAAACUCUUAAGGUGUCAGAGGUAGACCCAAAAAUAACAUGGCAAUUUACUUGAUUUCAAGUUUUGGGGAAAGUCCUCAAUGAACGUGUGUGGAUGGCUGGGGUGCGUUUAAGCCAUGGGCACGAUGGCAGCAGAGCUCAAUAUGAAACAGGGACUCAACCCUUUUUGUUCUUCAAUGCCUGUUGGUGUAGAUCUGGUUCAGUAAUUCCAGGUAAAGUCUUAGUUUUGAUGAUUCUGCCUCAGCCCCCAGCUGUCACCCAUGGACAAAAGCGUGGAGCUAUUCUGACGUUGUAUACUUCUUGCCACAGAAUGUGAACGUCCAAAAAAUGUGCAUAAAGGAGGGGCUAUCCGGAAGACAGUCUGAAGAAAGGUUUGCUUCUAACCUUGAACUUUGUUGCAGAAGCCUACUCUCAAGUAGCCUUUGAAGGCAGCCCUGCAGUGACACUGUUUUAGUGAAUGGACAAAAUUGAUGGGAUCCUUCCUCAGUGACAACACACAUACAAGUAAAGGACUUUAUCUAUGACAUUUCUGAUAUUAAUAUCAAAUGGUACAGUGGUAUCUAUAUUGGGAAGCUUAUAUGUGCUGUGAUGGUAAAUGGUUAUGUACAGAGUCACUUGAUUAAUAUUUAUGUUUUCUGUUUGAGGCCAAAUAUAUCGGUACAGUUUGGAGGAGUAAUUAGCAUUGGAAUUUCCUGGUUGAUCCAGUCUUGGGAUAGAUCCCAUCCUUUCCUCCUUAUAAGGGACAUAUUAAUCCUGCCCUUUUAAAGCAGGAAAGAACCAUUUCUAAGCAGGUACCCGCAGAAUUAAAGCAAAGUCAGAGGAGAAAUGUGUCAUGGGCGUAGAGUACUAGUAUGAUAAAGCAUAUUAUACUGAUGUAUGUAUCUGAAAAAAUGUUCCAUUUGUGAAUUGUCUUUUAAUUCUUCAACUAGUUUUGUCUGCUUGGCUCCUCAAGUGUAGCUACAAGGUGACUUAGAAAGCUUAUUUCAUCUAGACCACAUUUAGUUUUAAUAAAUUGUAAUUAUGGCUGUUUCAUUGUUAAACUGAAUAAAAAUGUUUUUUAUCUUCCUGA